AUGGAUUUCGACCUGUCCGCAGCCCUGGGCCCUGGUUCUAAGAAGCCAGAGGGGACAGGUCAAGUGGGAAACCCCAAGCACUGUCCCCCUAAAGCUCCGGGCCGACCAGAGGCAGGCGCUGCUCACAAGCCAAGGCAUGGCUCCGGCAGCUCCUCUGCCUCCAGCAGCAGCAGCAGCAGCAGCUCCAGCGACUCAGAGGGGGAGGGAAAGAAGCACGCCACCAAGAAGCAUGAACCUUCCUCGGACAAGGCCAAGAAACCCAAGGUGAAGAAGGAGAAGAAAAAGAAGGCGGCCCCCCACUAACCUAUUAAAGCUUGCAGCCCGCCCCGCUCCCAAGCGCCCCCUGCCGGUCAGGAGCGGAGGCCGUGCUGAGCCCAUCAGG